GAAGGAAGUUGCUUCAUUCUGAAACAAUGGAUACCCAAAAAAGACUAAAAUCACUUCUUCAAGCAACCCAUUUCACCUUCUUUAACAUCCACCAUUUCUUAAUAUAUCUGAUUCUGUAAGUACCCAAUACAUAUAUACAAAGACAUAUACAUAUAUAUAUAAAUACACAAAAGAGGGGGUGGGGUGGGGGGGGAAAGGUUAAAAAAGUUUUCCAUGGAAGGAAUUUGUGGUGGGAAACCUCUUGAAUGGUGAAAGAGAGACUAAAAUCCAAGCAGCUACUGAGCUGAGUAAGCUGAGUAGUAAGCAGAGGCAUAGGUUAGCAGAGAGAGGAGUUAUAUCUCCAUUGAUUUCAAUGCUACAUUCCCAAGAUUAUGAAGCCAUAGAAGCUGCUCUCUUUGCUCUGCUUAGUCUGGCUUUUGGCAGUGAAAGAAACAAAAUCAGGAUUGUAAAAUCAGGGGUGAUCCCGAUUCUGCUAGACCUACUCCAAUGCCGAAGCCAGCCAUUGAUUGAGCUCUCAAUGGCAGCAGUGUUGAUUCUCUCUUCCUGCGCAGCAAACAAGCUAGCCAUUGCUUCUUCUGGGGCAAUCCAGCUCCUCAUCGAUACUCUCAAUGCAGAUUUCCAUAACGACAAGAGCUCGAACAGCAUAAUUAGCUUCCAAACAAAGGUGGAUGCUAUAGCCACCUUGCACAAUCUCUCAACUUGUGAUCAGAUCAUUCCAUUGAUUGCCUCUUCCAACGUGUCGUUUACGUUGCUCCGUCUGGCGAAUUGCUCGGAAAAGUGGUCGGAGUUGGUGGAGAAGGCAAUAGCCUUGGUCGAAAAUGUGGUGUCUUCGUCGGAAACAGCGGUUGAAGAAAUCACGAGCACUGGUGGGGCAAUUAGAGUUUUGGUUGAAGCAAUUGAGGAGGGUUCUGCACAGUGCAAAGAACAUGCUGUAGCAAUUCUCCUUCAUAUAUGCCAAAGCUGCAGGGAGACAUACAGAGGACUGAUACUGCGGGAAGGAGUAAUGCCUGGUCUGCUACAGUUGAGCGUAGAUGGGACAUGGAGAGCGAAGAACAUGGCAGGAGAUCUGCUAUUACUUCUGAGGGAUUGCUCGAAUUAUGAAUCGACGUGUAGAGGAGAAUCGAAGCAUGAGCUUGUAGAGCAAGUAAUGAGGGAGAUUGAUUUUGCAGAGAGGGAGAAAAUUCCAGGGACAACAUUGAGACUAGUGGAACAGAUGAUCGCAAAGCUUAAUACAUGAUAUACGCUAAGAUUAAAAUAAGUUUCUUCUUUUUUUAUUUAUUUUAUUUCCUGUAAAUAUACGAAAUGGGCUUGAGAUUUCUUUUUCUUCUUCUUGCCAACUUCAGUGUUUAGGAGUUUUUAUUUUUUCCUGCUCAUUGGGUCUCUGGUUUUCAAUGUUAAAAGUUCU